AUGGAGACCUCAGAAAACGCCGCGACGAGCUCGCCAGCUCCGACUUCCACCACGCGCCGCUCCGGGCGCGUCACCAAGGCGCCCGCCAAGUACACCCCCGAGGCGCCCACCGCCACCAAGCGCAAGCGGAAUGCCGAGCCUGACGACGAGGGUGCGGAGAACGAGUCGCCCGGCGAGGUAGACGAUGUCAGCGACGCCAAUGACGACGACACCGACGACACGGCCGCCGAUGAGCCCAGGAGCGCCGGCAAGAAGAAGCGGCCCUCGACGACGACGACGUCGUCGUUGUCGUCGCAGACCGCGAAGUCGAGGAAACCGGCCGCGAAGAAGCCAAAAACCAACGGCGACGCGCCUGCCGCCGACUCGGUUCAUGCCGCGCAACUACCGAGCCGCCCAAAAAAGGCGGUCCGGAUCGCCAUCGCCCGCGGCGAUGCCGAUGGCCUGUACGCCGACAUCUUUGCCUCGGGAGACUCGCCCGACAAGGUCGCGACCGAAUGGUACCACAAGUACCAGGCCGACGACGCCGCCGCCGUCACCGACCUGGUCAAUUGCAUCCUCCUGUCUGCCGGCUGCGACCAGCAGGUUACUCAAGACGAUAUUCGGGAUCCCGAGAACUGCUCCAACCGAUUGGCGGAUCUCCAAAAUGUCUACACCGAGGAGGGAAUCACGGAUUAUCCCCUCAUUUCCAGGGCCAAGUCGACCAAGUCGUUCCGCGAUUUGUUAGUCGGCUUCUUCAGGUCUCUCGUGACCGUCCUGCACGAGACCGACGUCCUGUACAAGGAUAGCGCCCUGAUGGAGAACAUCGCGAGAUGGGUGGCGUCCAUGUCUUCGUCAACGCUGCGGCCGUUCAGACACACGGCAACCACCGUGGCGCUCGCAAUGGAGGCCGCCCUGGUCGAGGCUGCCAAGAAGCUCGACGACCGCAUCACCAGGAUGACCCAGCAGGUCGACGCCGAGAAGAGCCGCAAGGGAAAGAACAAGGAACGGCUGGCCGUGAUCCAGAAGAACCUCCAAGAGGCCGAACAAAGCCGGCAGAUCUGCCAAGAGCAGAUCACAGACUUCUUCGAGACCGUCUUCGUCCAUCGGUACCGGGAUAUCGACCCCAAGAUCCGGACCGAAUGCGUCGAGGCGCUCGGCACCUGGAUCUGGCUCCUGCCCACCUUCUUCGAGAAGCCCGAGUAUCUGCGAUAUCUGGGAUGGAUGUUGUCCGACAUCACGCCGCAGACCAGGCAGGAAGUGCUCAAACAGCUCGCGCGCAUUCUCAAGCGCGAUGCCGAGAAGCUGGGCCACUUCAUCGACCGGUUCCGCCCGCGCCUGGUCGAGAUAGCCACCAAGGACGCCGACGUCAGCGUCCGCGUCGCCGCCCUCUCGGUCAUCCAGAUCCUCAAGGACAUCGGCAUGCUCGAGCCCGACGAGAUCGACUCGAUCGGCCGCCUGGUCUUCGACUCCGAGCUGCGCGUGCGGAGAGCCGUCAUCGAUUUCUUUGCCGGCUGCGUCAACGACUCGAUCGAGACAAAGGUCGAGGAGAUCGGCGGUGCCGAUGCGGUCGACGAACUCUUUGGAGACGAGCAAGACGACGACUAUUCCUCGCCCCGCCGAGACUGGAUCAGCAUCAAGUGUCUCGCUGAGCUCCUCGCCGCAUACGAUGCUCAGCUCGAGGAGGAGAACAAGACGCCGCCGGUUCGCGCUCUGGAUAUCGCCGUCGGGAUGGUCCAAGCCGUGGCGCCCGAGACCCGUGUCUCGCUGGCUUCACAGGUCCUGUACGAGAAGAUUGAUCAAGUCAGGAACUGGGAGCUCCUCGCCGGUUAUCUCCUCUACGAUCAUACGACGAGUACGAAAUCGAGAUCCGCGUCCAAGCGCAAAACGAACGAAGCGGCGCUGAAGAGCGCGGUGGCCCCAGACUCCAGGGAAGAGUCCGUCUUGCUCGAGGUUCUCGCAUCCGCCGUCAAGCUGAGCCUGGCUUCUUCAGAGGCCGACAGGGGCAAGAGAAAACAGCGGCCCGAUGCUGGCGAUGGAGGUGAUGAUUCGGCAGUCCACCUCGCCGGCAUCAUUCCUCGCCUCUUGAGCAAGUACGGGGCUGAAGCCAGCACGGCAGUUAUCGUAUUACGGCUGGAGCACUCCCUGCCUCUCGACGUUUUCCAGCAACUCCGGCAAGACUCCACGACAUACGGCCGCCUACUGGACGAGAUAUGCGCUCAGUUCAACCGGCAUGUCGAUCGAGGCGUGCUCGCGGAAGCGGCCACAGCGCUCCUGCAUGCCCGCAAAUACGACGAGCUAGAGGAGAUGACAGAUACCAAGAUCUCAGAACUCUGGGAGACCGUCAUCAACGCCCUCCGCCAUUUCGACAAGACACACGAGCUCAACGACCGCGGCAACAUGGAAGCCGCAGCUAUCGCUCAGCUGGGCAACGUUCUUCUCAAGGCCAGCAAGCUGUCGAGCAUCGCCGACUGCGUCGACCUGCUCGAAGCCGACGGCCAGUCCGAGGACUCCCCGAACCCGGUCAUCGAGCUUCUCAUCCGCACUGUCCACCGCGGCAAGCUCGACCAAGUCGACGAGGCCCUCGACGACCUCGAAGACGAGGCCGUCUCGUACGCGAUCCAGGCCAUCAACUUCUACUUCAUGUGGAAAGUCCGCAGCCUAAUUGCCGCCGUGCAAUCGGCCGCCGACAUCCCCGCGCACACCAUCGAGCGCCUGUCCACCUUCCGCCGGACCUUCACCAACAACCUGAUCUGGACGCUCUCGUCGCGCGGCACCAACGACGAGCUCCGCCUCUUCGCCACAGGCGCCCUCUGUGACUUGCACGUUUUGUUCGCCUCGCUCCGGGAGACCGUCAAACAGUCUCUCUCCUCCUCCCGAUCCCAACCCCAACCCCAACCCCAAUCCCAGUCCCAGCAACCCCCCCCUCACCCGAGGCACGACUACAAGGAGCUGGAGCCCCUCUACGAGCCCAUCCAACCGGGCCUCAUCAACGAGCUCAUCGAAAUCUACAACGCCGCCGAGCGCGCCUACGCACGCAUCACCAAGCGCACCCUCAACGAGCCCGCCCCGGACGAGCGCCGCCGUCACCAGAACCAGAACCAGCAAGACCCGGACCAACCCCCCGUCGACGACGACGACGACGAGGAGGAGGACGAAGAGGCCGUGGGCGAGGACGAGGACGACGAGGACGAGGAGGAGGCGGCCGCCGACGCCGCCCUCUCCCCCGCAGAGCGCAAGGGCAAGGAGCUCAAGCUGGAGCGCGCCCUGUGCGAGCUCGCCGGCAAGCUGAUCCUCGCCAUCCUGGCCAAGAUGGUCGACCACCAGGGGCCCCACGCCGGCAAGCUGCGCCGCCGCAUGGUGCGCAACCAGACCAGGCUGGGCGCCAACCUGCGCGAGACCCUCGCCUUCCUGGACGAGGGCAAGCUGCGGGAGCGCGCCGCGGCGGCGGCCGCCGCCGGCGGUGCUAGGAAGAAGAAGACCAAAGCCAAGGCCAAGGCCGAGGCCGCUUCUGCCGGUGCCGGUGCUGCUGCUGCUGCUGGAAAGCCCGGUGCCGGUGCGUCGAGGAAGAAGGCGGCGCGGAGCGAUGAGAUCGUCGUCGCAGGGGACGACGAUUCCCACUUGUCCGAGAUCGAGGAGGCCGAGCCCGAGCCCGAGCCGGAGGAAGGGUCGGCGGAGGAUCUGAGGAGGAGGGAGCUGCUCGACGAUCCUAUCGAGGAGGAUGAGCAGGAACAAGAACAGGACAGGGGCGGCGGCGGCGGCGGCGGUGGUGGUAGUGGUGGUGGUGGCGGGGAUAAGAUGGACGAGGACGAAUCGGUAUUAGGUGAUUAA